CCAACAAGUGAAACAACAUAAUUAAGUAAGAUUCCAGCACUGACGAACAAAGGAAGAAGCAUGUUACUGUAGAUGGCAAUGCAAGCAAUGGAUGCUGGAGUUUGGUUCCUAGAUAGAGUUGAACCAUGGUACUUGACGAUAUGUGCGCUCGGCAUCUCCUUUGUGACUGUGCCGGACCUCUCCAUGUCUUGGAUGAGACCGGUGAAGUACUCCCUGUCCUCUGCCUCUUCUUCCCUGCGCGCGGCCUCCAUCCGCAUCUUGUUGGCCAUGUCCUCGAAACGCCUGCUCUUGGCCUCCAUCUGAUCGGCCUGCUUCUUCGUCGCGGUGUCGCCGAAAUGCGCGCAGCUGAAGGGGUGCUCUGAUCGUGCCCCAGCCGGGUCCAAACUCCAAAGUUACGGCGUCGCCGACAGAGCAGUCACCAAGGACGGAGAUCACGGCCGGAGAGGCGGCUAGUACUACUUUACUAUACUAUCUCGUCUCGUCUGCGGGGAUGCAAAGGCGCAUGCAGUCGAGUUUGUUGGACGUGCCGCGGAAAUCAGACCUGAUGCGGGGGAGGGGAGAACGCCCGGCCGAACGGGUAGCGAGGGAAAACGAAGCCUUCACUUUCCAUUUGCAUGGCAAAGUCAAAAUCUGGUCAAAUCAGUCUUAAAAGAUCUUCUUGAAUCAUCACCACGAUCAGUACCGAGGCAUCGUCGUCCCAUCCGUAGUGUUAAUUAACCGAGACUUCUUGGGAAACAACGGAAAGGCCCUUAAAAUCCCACUCUAAACCCCCAAAACCAGCAGAUCCACUCCUGUCCGGUGACCCCUGUCAUUCCAAAACUCCCAGCCUUCCUUUCCUUCCCUCAACAGCUCGCGGCCAUGGCGAACGCCGCGCAGCGGCCAUGCAGCAUCUGCAUGGAGCCCAUGGCGCCCUCGGAGGCCCACCGCGGCGGGAGCGCCUGCGCGCACGCCUUCUGCGGGGCGUGCCUGACGGGCCACGUCCGCGCGAAGCUCGAGUCCGGCCGCGCCGGCGCCGUGGGGUGCCUCGACGCGGCGUGCGCCGGAAAGCUCGACCCGGAGCUCUGCCGCGCCGCGCUCCCGCGCGACCUGUUCGAGCGGUGGUGCGCCGCGCUGUGCGAGUCCAUGUUCGCCGGCGCGCGGCGGACCUACUGCCCGUUCCCGGACUGCUCCGAGAUGAUGGUGGCUGACGGCGACGGCGACACCGUGACGCAGUCCGAGUGCCAGGUAUGCAGGCGGCUGUUCUGCGCCCAAUGCCGCGUGCCGUGGCACGCCGGCGUCGACUGCGCCGCGUACAGGCACCGGGACACGGCCAGGGAGGAUGCGAUGCUGAUGGAGAUGGCCGCGGGGAGGAAGUGGAGGAGGUGCUCCAAGUGCCAGUUCUUCGUGGAGAAGACCGACGGCUGCUUGCACAUCACAUGCAGGUGCGGCUACCAGUUCUGCUACGGGUGUGGCUCGCAGUGGGCUACGUCUUGUUCCGGCGGCUGCACCAAUUAGGCCAUAUAUGUAUAUCCUGAGAUUAUAUCAAUGCUCAGAUGCAUGGAAGGAUGAUUAUCAUGUUGUCGGGAUAUUUGUGGCCAGUUUGCGAAUUGGUUGAGGAUGAUAUUUUGAUUGAGGAUGAUAACACUAAGCUAGUAAGAGGUGGUCUUAAUUAUUUGGCCAUGAUCGAGGAAAUGAAAUGAUCCAUGCUUUAGCCAGUUUAUGGAUUUGUUAGUCGUUGCUAUGUGUCACAGUGAUUGUUUGCUGAAUGCGUUAUAAUGUUGUAGCUUAUCAGAUGAUAUAACUAAUUAUGUCAGCUCUACUAACCUAUACAAUAAUCAAAUGCAACAAACCGUAUGUAUUUCCAAUAUCAGUUCUCAUAUUAUUAAUCCAAGUGUUCAUGUUUCAUACAAUCAAAUUUUCUUGAAUAUUGCAACCAAUUCAUGUACCAACGUGCAAGGUAUAAUCUAGUUUCUUGAAACGGUGCACCUACUUUCUGAUAAAAGAUUAAAUCAAGUGAGAUAUAUGGGAUACACAUAUUUUAAUGAUAGUACAUGGUCCAUCCUCUUACUCUGGUGGUUGGCUGCCGGUGCCUCUUCGCGCGUUGUAUUGUGUUGCUCCACACUUCGCCGCUCGAGGAAGCACAAUAUGUAGCAUAGGCGUCGAUCUGUCAUGGUCC